UUUGCAGCAGCGGGAGGGGAGAGAGGGAGGGGAAAGUUGGACACAGACAAUCCCAGAGCAACUUUUCUUUUCUUUCUUUUUUAAGGAGGACUCAAGGAAAUACAGGCAAGGAGAGCAAAAAAAAAAAGCUACACCGAAGUAAAUUUGAUUGCUUGGCAUACACACACAUACGUCGGAUUCAUGUUAUCAAAAAGUUAAGGAUAAAACAGCAGACUAAGUCGGCUGGAAGCAGAGGCAGUGGGAAGGAAGGAGAGGUGUGGGGCUCUUUUCAGAGGGAUUCAACCAUGUGGCUUCUCUGCUGUUGCUUGAAUCUGCUGCUCAUCAGUUUAGGAUCUUGUGACACAUUGAUGACAAAAGAAGGUACCCAGUGCCCGCCCUUACAAGUGGCUGAGUGGAAGUUCCCUCAGACAGCGAGGCAAAACAUCACUGGUUUUAAUUUAGUGAGGAGGUUCUCCAUGCUCAAAGACACAGAUGUCAGGAAGAUCCGCAACCCUCGAGGUUCUGUUAUCCUACGCCUCGGCAAGGCACCACUCUUGCGCCCCAGCGAUGAAGUCUUCCCUCAUGGCUUACCUGAUGAGUUCACGUUGAUCUUCACCCUUGCUUUGAAAAAGGCUGCUCUGAGGGAAACCAUCUAUCUCUUUCAUAUAUCGGAUCAGCAGGGAUAUCCACAGCUCUCAGUGGAAUUCAGCGCACCUGAUGGCACCCUGUCCUUACGGGCCAAAGGUGCUGACCCUGAGGCUGAGCUGGUGAGCUGCGUUUUUAAUGGAGAGGAGGUCGAAGCCCUGAUGGACCUUCGAUGGCACAAGCUAGCCCUCAGUGUGCAACGUGACGCCGCCUCCCUCCAUGUUGACUGUAGCUCCAUCCAGACGAAGCCCCUUGAGCCACGAGGCAUCCUGAAGACUGAUGGACACACAUUAUUGGGAGUUCGAGCAUCAGAUGCCAACCCAGUGCAAAUGGAUAUUCAGCAGGUGAUGCUGUAUUGUGACCCUUUACUCGCUAUUCAGGAGACCUGCUGUGAGAUCCCUGGUGCUCGGUGCCCUUCAGAUGCAGCUAAGAGUCGCAGAGCGGCUGAAAACGACCUGGAUGAAAAUAUGUUAAACCAGGAUAUCUUUGCAUCCAAGGAUCUUGCAGAAAAAUGUGGUGGUUGUUUACUCCAGAGUAGGGAGGAGAAUAUUGUAAACCUGGGUGCUGGGUUAAGUGGAGAAAAAGCUGACAGGGGUGAUGGCUGUUCAGGUCCAUGCAGAGACGGACCCAAGGGCCAGAAGGGUGAGAAAGGCGAGUCGGGAGUGCCUUCCAACUGGGGUCAGGCAACUGGGUACAAGGGCGAAAAAGGUCAGAAAGGAGAGAUCGGUCCACAGGGUCUGACAGGAACUCCCGGGAAGGAUGGUCGACAAGGGUCUAUCUGUGUAGUUGGCCCCAAGGGACAGAAGGGCAAGCCGGGUAUGGUGGGUCCUGAAGGGUUAGCUGGGGAGCCAGGGAAGCCCGGAUUACCAGGUCCACCAGGAGUUGGAAAACCUGGUCUACCAGGUCCUCCUGGUGAACCUGGCGGUGAAAAGGGAGACAGAGGUCCUAAAGGAGAAGAUGGAUUGCCAGGAGAUCCAGGACCAAGAGGCCCAUCAGGUUCAAAAGGAGAGAAGGGUGAUCCAUGUGAAGUAUGCCCAGUGCUGUCCGGGGACAUUGCCAACACUGUAGCCCUGCAGGGGAAGCCCGGCCCUAAAGGAGAGCCUGGAUUACCAGGGAUAGGAGAGAGAGGACUCCCUGGUCUUGAAGGUGCAGAUGGCAAAGCAGGACAGAAGGGAGAACCAGGAUCAGAUGGCGCCAAAGGAGAAAAGGGAGAAUCUUGUUCUCCGUGCCCUACCCUUGGAGAACUGCCAGCUAAUCUCCUCCCAGGUGUCAUAUCACAAACUCAGCAGCAAAAGGGAACGAAAGGGGAGCCUGGGAUUGGACAGAAAGGAGAAAAAGGGGAGCCAGGAAACAUCGGUGUACCCGGCCUUAAAGGACAGCAGGGUAAUGCAGGCAGAACGGGAGCCGAUGGAAAGACGGGGAAACCUGGACCAAGGGGGGGCAGUGGGAAGGAUGGACAGAAAGGUGCAAAGGGAGAACAAGGAAUGCCUGGUGUUGGGGUACCGGGCCCAAAGGGUGAGAGGGGUGACUGUGGUGUGUGCACAGCAUCAGAUGUUGAUAAAAAACCAGCUGGCCUCAAAAUGCCUGAGGGAAAAAAGGGUGAACCUGGCCCUCCAGGUCUCCCUGGACUUCCAGGUCUUGGAGCUGAAGGCAAACAGGGACCAAUAGGUCUGUCUGGUGCAAAGGGAGAAAAGGGUGAGCAAGGCGAACAGGGAGAAAAGGGACUGAGUGGUGACCCCGGAGUCCCGGGACUACCUGGAGAGCCUGGCCGGGAUGGAUCAAUGGGCUUAAAGGGAGAGAAGGGAGAUGCAUGCACUUCCUGUUCUUCCACUGGUGCUGUGGUGGGGGAUGGUGUAGCUGUGCCAGGCCCCAAAGGAGAGAAAGGAGACCCUGGAUCCCCAGGAGCAGGGAAACCGGGCCAAACUGGAAAACCUGGCUUACCAGGUGUGCAGGGCCCAUCUGGUCCCAAAGGAAGCAAAGGAGAAACUGGGGCUGCAGGAGUCGGCCUUCAAGGGCCACAAGGCAUUGAAGGUCCAAGAGGUCUCCCAGGACUAGCGGGUCCCCCUGGUGUUGGAGGAUUACCUGGCCCUGUUGGCCCUGCAGGGGAAAAGGGUUCAAGAGGUGAUAUGGGGCUUCCAGGGCCACGGGGACCAGAAGGUGUCGGAAUAGCAGGACCUCCGGGUAAAGAUGGAAACCAGGGAGCUAGAGGGCUUCCAGGGGCGGAUGGCAGACCGGGGUCUCAUGGAGCCAAAGGGGACAAAGGGGAACCAGGAGACUGUAACUGCAUCUCAUCUGUGUCUACAAGUGUGGGUGGACCUGGAGCUCCGGGAACCGUAUCAAAUGUAUGGCAGCCUGGGCCUCAGGGCCCACCGGGACCUCCUGGCCCUCCUGGCCCUCCUGGACCUCAGGGAGUAACUGGCCUUCAAGGACCUCAGGGUAUCCCUGGAAACGACGGGAUACCAGGAAAUCCGGGUUUGCCUGGGAAGAGAUUCUAUGGACCACAGGAUCUACCUCAAGAUUCCACAGCAGGAACUGAAGAUGAGGACUGUGUAGAGGGCUGUUCAAAGGGGUUGCCAGGGGUUCCAGGCAUGGCUGGUGCCAAGGGUGAAAAAGGAGACCAGGGCAAGCCUGGUACAACAGUCUCGGACAGCUGUGACAAGUGUUUGGAGAGACUGCAGAGAACACAAGCGACUGAGGCAACGGGUGAUCGAUCCUGCAUUGGAGCACCUGGAAUGCCAGGGAUGCCCGGAACACCUGGAAUAAAAGGAGACGCUGGUUUACCAGGGGGAAGAGGCCCACCAGGACCACCAGGAAUCAUGGGACCCCCUGGUUUCCCAGGUCCUCAGGGCCCAUCUGGCUUACCUGGUCAGCAUGGUGAGCGAGGAUCGUCCGGCCUCCCAGGAAUGAAGGGCGAGCAGGGCCCUCCAGGGACGCCUGGUUAUCCUGGAACUAUGGGGCCACCGGGGCUGCCUGGACUGAAGGGUGAUCGUGGAAGCCCAGGAAUAGCUGGUCAGAAAGGAGAAUCUGGUCCUCCUGGUAGCCCUGGAUAUCAAGGACAGGCUGGCACUCCAGGCAUUAAAGGAGACACAGGACCAGCAGGGCCUAUUGGUUCCAAAGGUGACCAGGGUUUCCAAGGACAACCAGGUUUUCCAGGCCCACCAGGUCCUCCUGGUCCUGCUGGCAAGUCUGGCAGAGAAGGCCAACCUGGGCUUAAAGGAGAAAAAGGUAAUGAUGGUUCUCCAGGUUCCCAAGGACCCACUGGGCCACCAGGCUCACCUGGAUCUCCAGGGCUAAUGGGUCCUCCUGGUAUUGAAGGAAUAGAUGGAAAAGAUGGCAAACCAGGACUGCGGGGAGACACAGGUCCUCCGGGCCCAGCGGGACCUCGAGGAAUCCCAGGAUUCAAAGGGAAAACAGGACACGCUGGCUUUCCGGGACAGAAGGGAGAUGCGGGACCUGCAGGCCCACAAGGACCACCUGGCAGGCAAGGACAUGAUGGUGACCCGGGUACCCCAGGACUACAAGGUCGACCAGGACCUCCAGGCCAGAUCGGUGCAAUUGGACCAGCAGGACCUCCAGGACCUCCUGGUCCAUCCGGAGUGGGUAUAAAAGGAGAUAAGGGCCAGUCUGGAGAUAGAGGCUUGCCAGGGAUUGCCGGAUCUCCAGGAGCACCUGGGCAUCCAGGACUUAUGGGAGAGCCUGGCAGUGAUGGUGCUGCUGGUAAAGACGGAACACCAGGCCUUCCAGGGGAUAAUGGACAACCAGGUCAAAAGGGCGAACAGGGGGCCCCUGGACAAAGGGGUCUUCCAGGAGAGCGAGGUAGACCAGGUCCACCAGGAGGGGGGAUGUAUUCUGCAAAGGACGCCCAACCCAUGAUGGGCCCGAUUGGACCCAGAGGGGAAAGGGGAAGUCCAGGUUCUGAUGGACAACCAGGAUCCCCUGGUCCUCCAGGGCCACCAGGAAACGAUGCUUUCGUCAACUAUGAUGACAUCAAAAACUUCAUUCGGCAACAGGUUAUCAAGAUCUUUGAUGAGAGAAUGGGAUACUACAUGUCUCGCAUGCAGAUGCCAGUAGAAAUGGUGGCCUCACCCGGUCGACCGGGGCCCCCAGGAAAAGACGGUGUUCCCGGUACUCCUGGACCCCAAGGUGCUCCGGGGCUUCCAGGACAGAUCGGCAGGCAGGGCCGACCAGGAGGACAAGGCCUCCCUGGACCUCAUGGUCCACCAGGAGCAAAGGGUGACAAGGGUGUCGGAGAGAUGGGAGAUAUAGGACCACCCGGUGCACCAGGUGUUCCAGGCCCCCCAGGCUAUGGCAAAAUGGGACCUCCCGGACCUGUUGGCCAGCAGGGUGUUCCUGGAAUACCAGGCCCUCCUGGACAGCCUGGAUCUAAAGGGAAGGAAGGCCGUUGCAAUCCAGUAGACUGUAUGAGUCAUCAAGUAGACUACAGCCCCAAAGGCCCACCUAUCAAAGGUCCUUGGUAAAGGUCUGCAGGACGAAGGGAAAGAAGACUGAAGAAGGAGGCCCAAGCAUUUGAAGAAAUAAGAAAAUUUCAAGGAUUUCAAGGACCCAAGGAAAUUUAAAAGAUCUAAGCAAAGCGUACUUCUAUCUAAAGGCCCCACUGGAUAUGAGGCCUCCAAAGACACAUAAGCAGUGAUUGCAUCUUUUUCUUUUACUUUAAAUGCCAUUUCAUUGCUAUAGCCCUGUCUUGUUUUCCUUUUCCCACAAUAUUUUUUUUUAAACAAAUAUACAAAAGUCUUAACCUUUUCUGUUCUUCAUAUAUUCAGGUCUUUCUUCUUAUUAUUCUUUUCUGUAUCAGCCAUUAGUUAUUUUCUUUCUCUACCUCUGUCAACAAAACAAACAGUUAUUUUGGUGCAUUGCUUCUAUUUCUCCUUUCCCUUUCUGUGACAAUUCCAUUUUGAGUAGACCCCAUGCAUUUGUAAUGUUGUCACUGUUGAGGUGUCUGAGGUGUAACAAAUCUAACUUGAAAGAGAAAACCCCUGCACAUCUAGUUUAGGCAGACUUCCUUGAUGGAUUGUUUUGUACAUAUUUUUAUAUGUGUAUAUAUAUAUUGGCUUUUGAUACUCCUUUGAGGUAGCUUUUUUAAAGUCCCAGUGGUUAUUUUGCAAGAAAUGUAAAAUGAUUAUGUGUCUAUAAGCUUUCAAAUG